GAGACACUUGCCUCCAACAAGCCUGAACUCUGGCUGCCGUGCGCAGCGCAGCGUGCCGUCGCCUUGGAAGCUGAAGGCCCGUGCGUCAUGCCGGCGUCGGGCAGCUCGAGCCGUGCACCGCCGCCAUGGCUCGAGCCGUGCACCCCGCCACGGCCUCGUCCACCUCUCCUUCUCACUGUGGACUCGGUGGCUGCGGAGGCGCCCCCCCCCACAAAAACCCGCGGCGAUGGCCCCGCUGCUGCCCUCGCCCCCCGGGGGCGGGCCCGCCGGCACGCGGCUCCUGACCGCCGACGCGCUGGCCGACGAGGCGGCCCUCGCAGGCUAUCCACCGCGCUGGCAUCGACUUGACAAAGUACGGCGCCGAGGGGGCAAAGACCGUGGCGCAGCUGUUCCAGGAGGUCCGCGCCGGCGAGUCGGCGCUCGAGUGGCACGAGGGCGACGGACGGCUCGUCCGCGUCGUCGAGCCCGUCUUCGUGCAGUUCCGCUGGAGGGACUCCGUGCUCGUCGAGGCGGAGCAGAAGCUCCGCGACGGGCGCUCGCGCCGGCGGAACAUGGUGCUCGCGGAGAAGAAGUCGCCCGAGGACUAAGUCGGGCAUGCCCCUUUACAGGAGGAGCAUUCAAAAUAGUCAAACAAUAGCCUGGUGAUGAUUUUCCGACUGCUUGCUUUGACUAUUCCUGAGUACUUUUUGACCAUUUUUUCUUUGUCUUCGGACGUCCGCCUGUAGGAGGGCAUGCCCGACCUAACCCGAGGACGCCAGCGUCUGUGCCGCAGCUCUCCGCGGCUUGCGCGAGGAGCUGGGCCUGCCCGCGGGCUUCCCGCCGCUGGACCGCCUCUGCCGCUUCAUGCCGGAGCACUACUGCUGCGCGACGGAGCGCCUCGAGGCGCGCUCGUACCCGGGGCUGCCGUGCCGGUACGUGACGCACUACUGCGGCCUGCAGCUGCUGGAAUCGGGAGCACGUUGCUUCGAGGAGAGCUGGGGCUGCUGGCCGCCGAGUUCGAGACCGCCGAGGCGGACAAGACCAACGUCUGGAGGUGGCUGACCAUGGACGAGGCGCGCGAGGCCGGCACCACGGGGCUGCCAGCGGCGUGCCCCGGCGAGGGCGACGACGGGGCCGCCUCCCCCCCAGAGGGUGCUCGGCGGUCUGGGGGCGCGCCUCUCCCGCCGCCCCCACAGGGCGCCAGCCCCGCCGCGCUCGCCGUGGCGCCCCCGGCGGCGGCGGCCCGGCGCCGGGCCCUCGGGGCGCUGGGCGGCUGCGCGGGGCGGCUGUGCGGCUGAGCGCGGGCGGGGCCGAGCGCCCCGGCG